UAGGAAAGCACAAAAGGUCAAAUAACAAACAAAUAAAUAAAUAAUAAAUAAACAUCAAUUUAUUUUAUUUUUUGUGGUUCACAUUCUUUGGAUUUGAAGCUUUUGUUCUCACUUACAACCUCACUCAUCAUUUCCAGCAGUAGAGCAACCCAAAGAUUCUGCUUAUAUCAUUGACUUAAAUGGCUUCCAUUAUUGCAAGCUUGCCACCACCAUUGUUGCUUCAUGGUAGAAACUCAUUUCCAGGGAACUUCCAAAAUUUCUCUGUUUCUUCUCUUCCUCCAGGGAGACGGAGUAACGUUCCAUUUGUUGUGAAGGCUUCUGGAGAAAGUUCUGAAUCUUCAACUUCACUUACUGUUUUCAAGUCUGUUCAGAAUGUUUGGGAUAAACCUGAGGACCGGUUAGGACUAUUUGGUUUGGGCUUUGCAGCUGUAGUAGCACUUUGGGCAUCAACAAAUUUGAUAGCGGCCAUUGACAAAUUGCCAGUUAUCCCAAUUUCGUUGGAACUGAUUGGAAUACUUUUCUCAGUGUGGUUCACCUAUCGCUAUCUCUUAUUCAAGCCUGACCGGGAAGAACUUUUCCAAAUCCUGAACAAAUCAACUUCAGAUAUCUUGGGCCAGUAAGAUGUGCUGCUGAAAUUUUACUCCAGAAUGUGAUUUUAAGUGCAGAUUAUCAGCGACAAAAAGUUCACUCCUAUGUCAAAUUACAGUGCAAGUACAUAAAUGAACUGAAGCUUAAGUCCAUUGUGUUAAUUUUGUGUACAAAAGUUGAAAAUGAUUUUAAUCUAAACUCUUAAGUUGAUUGUUAAAUUUGUUUUGCUUACUAAAUCUGUCACUACUCACUACUAUAUAGCAAACUUUCUUUCUACCA